CAGACAAGAAACACUGGCCUGCCUUCCUUUUCUCUUACUCCAUUAACACCACCAACAAUAACAGCACCCCCUCAUUGAUUCUCUCUGUACUCUCUCUCUCUCCUCUUAUCCCUUAAUCUUUGCUUAAUAUAAGCAAAGUGGAAAAAGAAAAAGGACAGUCUGCUUUUAUGUCAGGUUAGGGUUUUAUUACAUCUUAAACAGAGACAGAGACACACAAAUGGAAUCAUCACAUUAGUUCCACCACAACCAACAUGGGGGAGUGGAUGCUAAAGUUCGGAUUUUGGGAUCAUUUCUUUGAUGGGUUUCCCUCAAGUUCAGGGGGAGCUAAGAGAUUGCACGUUGUUGAUAUGGAUUUUUCUUUGUGAAUGUUAAGAAGUAGAUGCUGAUAUAGGGAGUUUUAGGUUGCUUUGUUUCCGGGUUUUUAUCAGAAUUUGAUAUAAUCACACCUUGAAGUUAUAAUUUUGUCGGCUUCUACUGGAUUUUUGAGUAAAUAGUGUUGAAAAUGGAGGGUCAAGCAGCUUUUUGUGAUGGGUCUUCAGCAAGUUUAGUUAGUAGGGAAAUGAAAUUGGAGGAGGACGAGGAAGAGUUUCGUAGCUGUUGUGAAGAUGAAGAAGUCUGGAAAGAGAUCGAGGAAAUAGUGAAGGAAGAGCCGAAGGAAGAUCUUGAUGAAUUUUCAGUGAAUAUGUUUUUCAAGGGGAUGUCAAUUGCUGAGGAUGGAGACUCUUGUUCUGGGUUCUCUGGAAUUGGUGUUGUUAUGGAAAGGACCGAACAUGUUCCUGUUAUUCAGGUGCAAAAGAAGCUUGAUUUCUAUGUGGAGGAAUCUGUUGCUGAUUAUUUGGCUCUUAUGGAUGGCCUUGCUGAGGCUAUGCAGAAUAAUAUCCGCCGAGUGUAUGCAUUCACUGACUCUGAGUUGUUAUAUGGUCAGAUAACAAAUGAGGAGGAAGUUGAGGUUCCACUUCUGAUAGCGCUGAGGCAAAGGAUCCUUGAACAUGUCAGCAACCUGGAAGCUUUCAUUCUGAAACUCAGUCCUUGCUUUGAUCUUGAGAGGCCAUUACGCUUAGCACAGGUAGCAGUUGGGGUUGUUUCUUUUCCGGCCAAUGGGAGUGAAUCCCGUGAUAACUGUUCUAUCUGUUGUGAGGAUAAGAUAUCACCAAUGAUGAUAACAAUGAAAUGUUCCCACAAAUUCUGCUCACAUUGUAUGAGGACCUAUGUUGAUGGAAAAGUACAGUCAUCUCAAGUACCAAUCAGAUGCCCUCAGUCAGGAUGCAAAUAUUGCAUUUCCAUCAAUGAAUGCAGAACAUUUCUUCCUCUCAUUUCUUAUGGAUCCCUGGAGAAAGCCCUGGCUGAAGCUGAUAUUCUCCAUUCAGAUAGAAUCUACUGCCCCUAUCCAAAUUGUUCUGUCCUGCUUGAUCCUCGAGAAUGUUUGUCAGCUAGGGCAAGUUCAUCAAGUCAGUCUGAUAAUACAUGUAUUGAGUGCCCUGUUUGUCAAAGGUUUAUCUGUGUGGAAUGUAGCGUUCCUUGGCAUUCUUCCAUGAGCUGUGAAGAGUUCCAGAACCUCCCAUUAGAGGAGAGGGAUGCUACAGACAUUACAUUGCAUCGUCUGGCACAAAAUAAAAGAUGGAGGCGUUGUCAACAGUGCCGCAGGAUGAUUGAGCUCUCUCAAGGUUGCUAUCAUAUGACCUGCUGGUGUGGGCAUGAAUUCUGUUAUUCUUGCGGUGCUGAAUACAGGGACAGGCAACAGACCUGUCAAUGUGUCUUUUGGGAUGAUGACAAUUCUGAAGAUUUGGUCACCCAAUCAUUUCAAGAAUCAGAACAAUGGGCAUGGGAGACUUUUAAUUCACUACCCAUGCUUAUGGAUGCAUACUCAGAACAAGAGAGAUCGCAGCUGGAACUAAUUCAAAGAUUCCUUGCUGGGGGUUUCAGUCUGAGUGACCACCAUCCAUACCAAUCUCCACCCCGCUGUACAGACUCAUAUGUAGAUGCGAUAAAGGAUCUUCAUCAGCUUCCUUGGCUUGAGAGGUUUGUCUCUGUAAUAAGUGACAAUUAUUACGAAGACUAUAUCUAAUGAAAGCUAAUAUAGGACUGCUAAUAAACUAGGAAAAAAGUUGCUUAUCUUCUCAACAAUGCUCAAGGGAGGUAAAAGAGCUUCUCACUCUAUUUACUCCAUUUGCAUUUACAUGAGAAGUGCAGAAAUUGGCGCCUCUUUUUCCUUUAUAGCCUUUUCAUCAUCGCUGCUGGACGAUGUGUGACCUUCUUGAAGGUCCAUAAGAUGGAAGCAGAAGAAUGAAUGCUUGAUUCAUUGCAUUCAUCUAGAAAGAAACAGAAAAUAGAUAAAACAUUUACUACAUUCGUAAAUUGAAAGAAAAUGAAAAGGAUGGUAGUCUUUUCCUUUCUCUCUAUUAUGAAUUCUUGUAAUGAAGGGAAGGUUUCACUUUUAGUGGUUGGAAGUUGUUGAAAUACGUAGUUAAAUCGAGCUUGUUAAACACGCAAAGCAAUAUGCUUGUCUUGAAUAA